AUGGACUUCAUUGUGAGGUUGCCUCGAAAUUCUAGAGGCGUUGACAACAUUUGCGUCAUUGUGGAUCAAUUGACCAAGUCAACACACUUCCUUCCUAUUCAUACUACCUUCAGUGCCAAGAGGUUGGCUCGUAUCUACAUUCGGGAGUAUGAUUCAAUUAAGUUGGAUGAUCGUCAAAGCUAUAUAGAGGAUCCGGUUGCCUUUCUUGACAAAGAUGGCAGGCAAUUGCGUCCGAGAGCUAUUCAUGUUGUUAAGAUCCAUUGGAGGAAUCGCCUAGUUGAGGAGACUAUCUGGGAGACCGAGCAGGAGUUACGAGAGCAUUUCCCCGACUUAUUUGAGUCUUCAUGUACUUUUUGA